ACCAUCGAGACACCAGUCACCAACACCAAGCUCCAAGUCUGAUGCGAUUUUAUAUGCCGAGGGUAUCGUGUAUACAUACGUAUACAUAUACGUAUGCAAAUGCAUACAUAUAUAUAUAUAAAACGAUCUCUCAGCUGUUUGUCCAACUCCAAAGUAGUCCGAGACGUCAAGAUCGUACCACGCGAAUUUUCCACGCUGCAACGUCGUGUUUAUUUUUAGUCUCGAGUGUGCCAUGUCACGUCGUCGCAUCAACUCAUCGACAGAAUUUUUGCUGCGUAACAACGUGCCACGGAAUUCUUAGGAACUCGACAAGGCAACGCAUAGAGACUCGCAAUUUACUUGACAAUAAUUCUCUCGUGCGAUCCAUUCGCUGCGAGUAUCUAUGCGCCGUUGAAAUUGAAAGUCAGCUGAUAACUCCAUUGAGGAUCCAAUCAUGAGGAAGACUCGCGUCAGCAUCUUCCGCGAUAUCUACUAUCAGCCGUAUGACGACUGCACGAGGCUGAAACUCUAUUCCAGCAGCAAAGCUAGCUUACAAUUAAUGCAACGCAUGUCAUUGCUGAAGAGAUUGAAGGUCCACAAUGGUUGUGUGAAUUCUAUAUGUUGGAACAGCAAUGGAGAAUUAAUACUAUCUGGAAGUGAUGAUCAACAUCUCGUUUUAACUAAUGCACAUAAUUAUGAGGUAUUAACAGAUUAUAAGACAAGUCACAGGGCAAAUAUUUUUAGUGCCAAAUUUUUGCCUAACAGUGGGGAUCAUCGUAUUGUUUCUUGUAGUGGAGAUGGCAUUAUUUUGUAUACAGAUCUGAUGAGAAGAACAGAAACGUUUCAUAAUCAAUUCACUUGUCACACCGGCACUACUUAUGAAAUUGCGACAAUACCCGGUGAACCGCAUAGUUUCUUAAGCUGUGGAGAAGACGGGACUGUGAGAUGGUUUGAUCUCAGGAUAAAGGACAAAUGUAGCACUACAAGAUGUAGAGAGGAUGUACUAAUCCCGUGUCAAAGAGCCGUGACCGCUUUAUCUGUGAAUCCUGUAUUGCCUCACCAAAUAGCGAUCGGUUGUUCCGAUAGCACUGUAAGAACAUUCGACAGAAGAACUCUUGGUACACCGGCCACCGGUUGGACAGACGCGGAAAGUUCAGUGAGACCACUGUGCAGUUUCACUGUCCCAGAAUUCGAAGGCAAUUCUUACAGGAUUACGUCGUUGAGUUAUAGCCCGGACGGACAAGACGUCCUUGUCAGCUACAGCAGCGAUCAUCUGUAUUUAUUCAGUAUUAAAGAUCAAGGCAGUUUACAGAUGCGAAAAGAUGCAACAAUGGGAAAAGGAAAAGGAAAGAAGCAUCCGUUAAGAUCGCCUCAACCAGUUCGUCGUUUGAGACUUCGUGGCGAUUGGUCCGAUACUGGUCCCGAUGCACGUCCAGAAAGGGAAGGAGGACGUCGCAGUGGCACAGAAAUCGCUCAGGCAAGACCGGUAUUGCAUACGUCCUUGAUGCAAAGAAUGACGGACGUGCUCAGCAGAAUGUUAAAUGACCCGGCUACACGCGCUGCUCUGAGUGGUGGAGGUGAAGAUAGUUUGGAAGGUGUCAUCGAACAACCAGAAGUCCAAAACGUUGAGAACAAUCCUGAAUUGAACACAGAAAGAAGUAGCGACACGGUUGAAUUGAGUGCAGAGCAAAGAAAUACUUCGGAAACAAGUGGUAUAGGGAUACACCCUGUAUAUAUGGUAUACAUUUUGAUUGAUUUGUAUAAUUCUAUUAAAGUGUCGUUUUUAGAAAAUCCGAGCAUGCGUACUGAUAGAGUUGAAAGUACAAACAUGGAUGAAACGAUUAAUACCGAGAUACUUCAAACGGGAGAAAUUGAACAAUCUCAGGAAUAUAACCAAUUAGGAUCACCGAGUAUAUCGGCAGGUAUGAACGAUGAUGUUCCUAUGGAAACUGAUUCUAGUCAAAGCGAACGGGUGCAAAUUACUUCUAUAAGAUGUACAACUAGUCGUGACAGAACUGAGCAUGAUAAUGUAUGGAAUCGAAAUAGAAAUGAGGAUGAAGCCUCAUGCGGGAAUAUAACGAGUAAACAGGAGAAUAUGAUGGAGAAUCUUCAGGAUAGAUUAACAACGAUGCGAGAUGGUUUCCUCGAACGACAUGGCAGUGAACCUGCUGUGAGUUUAACAUAUUCUGACAAAAGUUCAACUAAUGCCACGAUAUCACUUGGUGUUGGCGACGAAAUGACUCGUGACAGUUACCAUCCAGGACCAUCUGGAAGUAGCGAUGGAACUCUUGAUGCAGGUCCGAGCAGUAAUCGCAACCAUCAUUACAAUGACAAAACUAAAGAAGAUGUGUAUAUUGAUAGCGAUGAUGAAGAUAUCCAAUCUGAUGAAAGAUUAUUAAAUCCAGUCGAGGAAAUGGAUGAAGCAAUUGCCAAUGCUCGUUCAUCACAAGGACACGAAACGUUCGAUGAUGCUUGUCUAACGGAACUCCGCGUCAAACGAAAAUAUAUGGGACAUAGGAAUGCCAGGACCAUGAUCAAGGAAGCGAAUUUCUGGGGCAACGAUUUCGUCAUGUCGGGUAGCGAUUGCGGUCACGUGUUCGUGUGGGAAAGAGACACUGCAAAGUUGUGUAUGCUGUUGGAAGCAGAUCAGCACGUGGUCAAUUGCCUGCAACCGCAUCCGUAUCUUCCAAUGCUGGCUACUUCUGGCAUUGAUUACGAUGUUAAAUUGUGGGCGCCGAUCAACGACGAACCAAACUUUGACGAAAAGUUUGCAGAAGACCUGAAAAAGAGAAACGCAGUUAUGUUGGAAGAGACCAAAGAUACAAUUACUGUACCAGCGGUUUUUAUGAUCAGAAUGUUGGCAUGUCUCAAUCAGAUACGCAGAGGUCGAGGUCGCAACAGGAGACGGAGCAGCGACGAGGGUGGCGAUUUACGAGGUGGUUGAGUCGUCUUCGACGUACUGCAAGUAAUAAUAAGCGAUAAUAAUAAAACGAAACUCGCGUAUCGAUUGAAACUGUGACUAUAUGAUAAUCCUUUAUUUACCGAUCAAAUCAAUAAAUAUGGAAGAUCCUGAUCGGCAUGAACAGAUCUCGUGAUACCUUAAGUCCAAUUCGAACGGUAUUUUGGUGUAAAGAUACAUUUAUAAAAUAUCCGAUGGCAUUGCGAAUAUUAUAUUACGUAUUCAUAUAUAUCUUGCGCUUAUAAUAAAAUACCAAAUUGAAAUGGAUUUAAUCAGUACUCGAUUCCUCGAAUAGCGAAGUUUAUAUCUUUUCUUUAUCUUAUGUACAAUUAUAUUUAUAUAGUG